AGGUACUUUCUUCUUGAGAACCUCAGCACAAAUAAUGUUAUCUGCCAUAAAUGUGGUGGUGUAGCUUAGGAGAUGAGAAGUUUCGAAGAAGCCCGCGAUUGAUGGACUGCUCACCGAACACUAGUAGUGAUAAGAAAACAUUGAAGAGGUGGUUUUUCAUUGACAAGAGGGUCGGGUAAAAAUUUGACAAGGAUUCAAGGUUCAUAACUUUACUUGACAAAGCUGAUUCCGUCGUAAAAGAUACGUAUAACUUGUUGUUAGUGUAUUGAAAAGUGGUCUGAAGGUAAUGGAUUUGAAGUCGAAUCAUUCGUCUCCUGUUCUCACUGAUCCUAUUCCUGUAACCAAUUCUAGACUAGGCAUCCACUCGAAUCUGCUUUCCUAUCCGCCAUCAGGAGGAACUUUGCCCACGGGCAAGUAUAUUAUGAUUCCCAGGAAGAAACCUGGAAAGCUUGAGGAUGUUUGGUCCAAUGGUUGGCUAGAGGCGAUGAGAUCAUCAUCGCCCCCUCGUAAGAAGUUAAUAAAGCACAAAGACUUCAAUAUUGAUGCUGCUGCGGAUGAUUUCGAUAUUGCUUACUGCUCCUGGAUGACUAAAUAUCCCUCUGCACUUAAAUCUAUUGACCAAAUCUCGAAAAAUGCCGAGAACAAAAUAAUUGCCAUUUUUCUUGAUUAUGAUGGUACCCUUUCCCCCAUAGUAGAUGACCCUGACCGCGCAUUUAUGUCUGAUUCUAUGCGCUCUGCUGUCAAAGAUGUUGCAAAGCUUUUCCCAACCGCAAUUAUUAGCGGCAGAAGUCGUGAUAAGGUUUAUGAAUUGGUAGGACUAACUGAACUUUAUUAUGCUGGUAGUCAUGGGAUGGACAUUAUGGGCCCUGUAAGUCAUGCAGAAUCUGAUGGCCAUCCAAAUUGCAUUAGAUCAACUGACCAACAGGGCAAGGAGGUGAAACUUUUCCAGCCUGCUAGAGAAUUCAUUCCUAUGAUCGACGAGGUUUUUAAAACCCUUGUUUUGAAUACUAGAGAUAUUAAAGGUGCAAAGGUUGAGAAUCACAAAUUUUGCACCUCUGUACAUUACCGUAAUGUAGAAGAGAAGAACUGGCCGACUAUCGCACAACGUGUUCAUGAUAUUCUGAAAGACUAUCCUCGUUUAAGAUUAACUCAUGGGCGGAAGGUUUUAGAAAUCCGUCCUGUGAUUGACUGGAAUAAAGGGAAGGCAGUUGAAUUUCUACUCGAAUCCCUCGGACUAAGUGAUAGAGAUGAUGUGCUCGCAAUCUAUAUCGGAGAUGACAAGACUGAUGAGGAUGCAUUCAAGGUUAUCAGGGAAUCAAAUCUGGGUUAUGGGAUAUUGGUGUCUUCAGUUCCCAAAGAGAGCAAGGCAUUUCUCUCCCUGAAUGACCCGUCAGAGGUAAAGCUAAGCUCAAGAAAUGCUCAUAUUUCAUUUGUUUCAAAACAUGGACUAACAUGGGAUUUUUGGUGCAGGUGAAGAAGUUUCUCAAGGCUCUGGUGAACAUGGAACAAGAAUGAAUAGGCUUGAAGAAAAGCUGCACAUUAAAGCUUCAUG